UCUUUUUUUUAGAAAUAACUUUUUGCUAGUAAAAAAUUAAUUGCAAAAUAUAUAAAAAUAUUGUUAUAUAGAAAGUAGAUUCAUAAUAAAAAUAACAUUCAAUAAUCUUGCUGAACAACUUGACAAAAAUGACUGCAUCUGAUGUAUCUGAAGUAGCAUCCAUGCUUUCAAAAACCAAUGUGAAAAGUUCCAAUGAAUUAAGUUUCGCUGGACGAAAGUUGAAACUUGACACAGCCAAAGAUGCCCAAGAAAUUGUAGAUGGGAUUAAAAAUUUCCAGGACUUAAAAGCUUUACGCCUGGAAGGAAACACUCUUGGUUUGGAAGCUGCAAAGGUCAUUGCAAAAGCAUUGGAGGAAAAAAGUGAAUUUGAGAAAGCUUUAUGGAGUGAUAUGUAUACAGGAAGAUUGCGGUCAGAAAUACCACCAUCAUUGGAAUAUCUUGGUAAUGGUAUCAUAACAGCCGGUGCCCGUCUAUCUGAACUAGAUUUAAGUGAUAAUGCAUUUGGACCAGAUGGUGUUAAAGGCAUUAAAAAUUUGCUUAUAAGUGAAGCUUGUUACAGUCUACAAACUCUGAAGUUAAACAACAAUGGUCUCGGCAUUGGAGGUGGGAAGAUUUUAUCUGAAGCAUUUAUUUCAUGUCACAAGUCAAGUGUUGCAGCUGGAAAGCCUUUUGCGCUAAAAGUUUUUAUAUCUGGAAGAAACCGGUUGGAAAAUGAAGGUGCAAAGGCGUUAUCCGAAGCAUUUAAACUUCUUGGAAGCCUGGAAGAGAUAACAAUGCCCCAAAAUGGCAUCCGUCCUGAAGGUGUUUCCUACUUAGCCGCAGCUUUUCAAGAAAACAAAAACCUAAAGGUUGUCAACAUAAAUGAUAAUACGUGUACAGAAUCUGGUGCAAAAGCACUUGCGCAGUGUGUACCACAUCUAAAAAGAUUGGAAAUUUUAAAUGUUGGUGAUUGUCUUCUGAAAGAUAAAGGUGCGGUUGCUUUGGCGCCUGCGUUAGCUGUUGAUUUGCCACAUCUUAAGUACGUUAUAAUGUCGUUUAACGAAAUCCGAAGGGAUGGUGCAAUUGCUAUUGCUAAGAGUAUGAAAAACAAAGACAAGUUGGAAAUUCUAAACCUUGAUGGCAAUCAACUUGGAGAUUCUACAGAUGAAGUCCAAGAUGUGAUGUCUAGUAUUAAUCGAAUAGACACACUUGCUCCUUUCGACGACAAUGAAGAUCCUGAUUCAGAUGAGGAUGAAAGUGAGGAGGAGGAGGUAGUGGAGCAAGAUGAGGAAGAAGCGGAUGACCUUUUGUCGCAAAUCAAAAGCAUGGGUCUUUCAAAAGAUUUAUCGAAUGAUACUGUUAAAACAAAUGGUGAAUCCACAAAGGUGGCAACAACAGACGACAUCAGAGCAUUUUUUCGUACUCCAACGUUGGUGAAUUGGCGUAACAUACCUUCGAAUGGAAGAAAAGAACGACUGCAAACAGUAGUUAAAGAGGAGCUGCUACCAUUGACUGCAACAGUUGCACGUGUAUAUGUAGAGAGUUGUUGUGCUCUUCAUGACAAUCAAGGAGAUUUGGAAGAACUAGCAGAUGUAAUACUUGGUACAGCCCUUGCCGAUUCGAGAUGUUCAUCAGACGAACUGGUUAAUCAGUUAUUAAUAAUGAUGGGGCUUAUCAAAGCUGAAGUGAAAGUUGAGAAAGUCGAUAAUCUGAAAGGUCCAUUAACAGGACUUGCAAGCAUCAUUUCUCAAGAGUACUUCCCAAGAAAUAUCGUCUCAACGUUUAUAGCAUUUUUUAUGAAGCCUAAUACAUUGCUCGAUCGAUGUUCAACAGAACGACACACGGUUCUACAAAAACUUCACCAAAAAUAAGUUUGUCAUAUAGUUGGAAAUACAGCACAGUUGUUAAA